CCAUCCUUUUCCGGGUCUUAUCCCCUCUCUAUCUCCGCUCGGCCUCUCCCCACCUCGCUCCGUGUUUUUGAGUUGAUCAUCGGUCAUGGCUCUGCUCGCAAUCGGAGCGGUAGGAGGAGCUAUUUCGCUCGCAGCUUCGUCUUCUUCUUCUUCUUCAACGCCUGCACAUUUCUCUCGGCUCUCCUUCUCUCGAACUCAAUCCGUAUCAGCGGACGAAUCCUCCCUCUCCCUCGCUGCCACCUCCCUCUCCGUUGCCUCUCUACAGGACGCCCUUCCCUCCUCCUCUUUAGGAGCACAACAACGAGCAGUGUACUGUGGCAGAGGUGAUAAGAAGACCGCUAAGGGCAAGCGCUUCAGGCAUUCCUUUGGAAACUGCCGGCCCCGUAACAAGAAGAGAGGAAGAGGUCCUCCAAGGGCUCCUAUGCCUCCCUCCCCUCCAAAGAAGGACAAGUUUGACGACGGGGAGAUUGUCAAGAUCGACAUUGAUGAAUCCCUCUUCUCUUAGCCUCCUGCUUCUGCUGCUUUCUGCUCUGGGUAUUCAAAUGUUUGAUCUGCCUCUUAAACUCCUACGCGUCAUUAUGUAAUCCAAGUGUUUUGUGAAUCAUUUCAUUCAGACUCUCUGUCUGUCUGUCACUAGCUACCUGCUACUCUCUUCAGAUCAACUGUUAUUUUUGUUGCUGUUAUUAAUUGUAAUACCAUGCACUACUUUACUCGGUU